AUGUCAGAAAAGGUUGGAUAUAUAAAGGAUCAAAAUGAUUCUGUUUCCAUCACUGGUAAUAUUCAAUUACAACAAGAGUUUUUAAACAGUGAAGAUGUUGAAAACUAUCUUUACCAUGAUAAACCUUGGUGGAGACAUUCCCAUUUCCGUUGGUUACAUUUCUAUAUCUUUAUAGUUACUAUUACAUCUACCAGUAAUGGUUAUGAUAGUUCUAUGUUGAAUGGUUUCCAAUCCUUAUCAACUUGGAACAUAAAAAUGGGUCACCCAGAAGGUUCAGUUUUAGGUGCUCUUUCUAACGGUACUACUUUUGGUGCCAUUGCUGCUUUCUCAAUUGCUUCAUGGCUUUCUGAUAAAUAUGGUAGAAAAAAAUGUAUUGCCGGGGGUGUAAGUAUUAUUAUUAUUGGUGCUAUUUUGCAAGGUGCUUCUACUAAUUAUGCUUUCUUCUUAUGUUCAAGAAUUGUCCUUGGUAUUGGUUUUGGGAUUGCUACUUGUUCUUCUCCUUCAUUAAUUGCUGAAUUAUCUUUUCCAUCUUACAGACCCACUUGUACUGCUUGUUACAAUACCUUAUGGUAUUUCGGUGCUAUCCUUGCUGCUUGGAUUACUUAUGGUACAAGAAAUAUCAAGGGUGAUAAUGCAUGGAGAGUUCCAUCAUAUUUACAAGGUUUUUUUUCACUUGUUCAAGUUAUAUUCAUUUGGAUGGUUCCUGAAUCUCCAAGAUUUUUAAUUUCUAAAGGUAAGGUUGAACAAGCGAGAAAGAUUUUACAUAAAUAUCAUACUGGAUCAUCUGAAGAUGAAAGAGCUCACAGACUUGUUGAUUUUGAAAUUAGAGAAAUUGAAGCUGCUCUUGAAUUAGAAAAAGUUUAUUCUACCACUAGAUUCGUUGAUUUCGUUAAAAUUCCAACAUUUAGAAAGAGAUUAUUCUUAAUUUUGUUCACUGCUUGGAUUAUGCAACUUUCUGGUAAUGGUUUAGUUUCAUAUUAUUUGAAUAAGGUUUUAGAUUCUAUUGGAAUCACUAGUCCUACUAGACAAUUAGAAAUUAAUGGUUGUUUAAUGAUUUAUAACUUUGUUAUUUCUGUUGUUAUGGCAUGUGUCGUUUAUAAAUUCAAAAGAAGAACGGUAUUCUUAAUUUGUAUAAGUGGUAUGUUGACUACUUAUAUUAUUUGGACAGCCCUUUCAGCUAUCAAUCAAAAGACCAAUUUUGAACAUAAAGGUUUAGCCAAUGGUGUUCUUGCUAUGAUUUUCCUUUAUUAUCUUUCUUAUAACUUUGGUGCUAAUGGUUUACCAUAUUUAUAUAUUACUGAAAUUUUACCAUAUUCCCAUAGAGCUAAGGGGCUUAAUCUUUUCCAAGUUACCCAAAAUAUUAUCCUUCUUUAUAACGGGUUUGUUAAUGCUAUUGCUAUGGAAGCUAUUGAAUGGAAAUAUUAUAUUGUCUAUUGUUGUAUUCUUGCUUGUGAAUUAGUUAUUGUUUACUUCACUUUUGUUGAAACUUAUGGUCACACCUUAGAAGAAGUUGCUAAAGUCUUUGGAGAUGAUCCAACUACUGGUAUUACUUUUGCUGAUAAUUCUACUUCUUCACCAGCUGAAAAAGUAGAAAUUGAACAUGCAGAACAUGCUGAUAGUGUUUAA